UCUCUCUGUCUUUUUCCACAUACAGAACGCAUGAACCAGGAAAUAUGGCGUUGGCAGCCAGAGCCCUAUUUAGGAGUUUCCUCACCAGGAAUCUCGGAUCAAGAAAUAUGAAAGGAGGCUCAUUAAUCCGAAACGCGGUGUCAUCAACGUCGGGGGCCAUCCUUCCAAAACCAGAUAAAACCCCGUUUGGUGUUGUGCGCAUGACCGUGGUGGUGUUCCCGUUCCUCUACAUAGGCACGCUCAUCAGCAAGAGGUUUGCGGCUCUUCUAGAAGAGCACGACAUUUUCGUUCCUGACGACGACGACGACUGAGUAACGACAGGCUUAUACGAUCGAGCCGUAAGUCCGCCGAGGUUGACUGCGGACGCACACCGUUGCUCACACUGAAGAUAACUCUAAGCAGGAUCAAUGCAAUAAAGUGCCAGUUCAUCAGCUACCGUUUACACUCAAACCUUGCAUUCAGUGCCUGACUCUAAAGUCUGAUUUUGAAGAUUUUUCUAUCUAAAGUCUAAUCACCAUAAUAUUUUUGCAUGCACAGUUUUGUUUCAUGUUGAAUAAAGAACUUGACUAUC